AUGGCCAGCAACGCAACUUUGCCCUCCUUGCCCACGAAGGCACAAGAAGUUGACUCUCCAGCCACCAAGGCAGCCUCGAGCUCCUUGCCCACCAAUGGCACCAAGGCUCAAGAAGUUGAGUCUCCAGCGAAAAAAGACGGUCCCCAGAACGUUCAACGCCGCUUGGUCACGGUGCGCCGUGUUACCUCCUCGACCUAUCUUAACAGCAACUACGAUCUCAUCACCAUUGACGGCUGGAAAGUGGUUGUCAAGAGAACAAAGGGAAUCGUCGAGGGCGACUGGAUCGUCUUUCUGGAAGCAGACUGUUUUGUCCCGGCGCACGGCAGAUUCGCCAAAUUCGAGCGCCUUUUUGCUGAGAUUGGCGAGUUGAGUACAUAUGACGGCGUAGAGGGAUAUCGCGUGGGCAUGUCGACAUGGAGAGACCACCAGGGCAAGCAGGUCGUCUCUCAGGGCCACGUCUUUGCUCUCCGGGAGUUUCCACACAUCGAAGACAAGGUCUUUGAACUCCGCUGGGAACGAUCCAGAACCCACACGGACGAGCAGUUCCUGAACUACCUCCGCACCCUCGAUUUCAGGAACGGCCUUGAUGUCAUGAAGUGGGAAAGCCCCGACGACAACAAUGACAACACCCAGCAGCAGCAACUCACCGUGACCACCUUCCCCAAAUACCCCCACUUCAUCCUCAAACCGGACAUGGAGCGCGUGCAAAACUGCCCCAACCUCUUCCUCAAACCCAAAUACCGCACCUACCUCUUCCAAGAAUCCGUCAAGCUCGACGGCGCCAGCAUGACAGUCUACUUCCUCCUGCCCACCAACCCAUCCUACUCUCACCUCCCCACCCUACCGGCCCUCAGCCCUGCAUCCAUCCUCACCCAUCCCUUACUGCAACACGCCGUGCAGCAACUGGGCCGCUUCGGUGUCUGCUCCCGCAAGCACGACCUCGUUCCACACCUAAUCUCCCAGGCAACAACCCCCGCACAACACAUCUACUGGGCCGCCGCCCUCGCUGCCAAGCUGCACGUCUCCCUCCCCGCCGGCGCGGCCGCGGGUGAGCAUGGGUCUGGGUCGAUUGCCGUGCAGGGCGAGCUUGUGGGCGCCGGCAUCCGGGGAAAUCCGUACGGCUAUGCCAAGGGGGAGCAUGAGUUUGUGAUCUAUGCGGUGUAUGAUGUUGAUCGGCGUAAGCGGUGGGAUCCGAGGAAGGUGGUGGAGUUUGCGGAGCGGAUUGGGGUGAGGCAUGUGCCGGUGAGGGGGUACCAUAGGAUCUGGGAUGUGGCGAGGAACCAUGAGGAUUUGGUUGUUAGGGCCGAGUUGAGGAAUGCGGAAGGGUUGGUGUGGAAGAAUGUGCUCGAUGGGAGGUGGUUCAAGGUUCUUUCGAGCAGGUGGGUGUUGGAGAAG